GGUGUGUAUAUAUAUGAGAUCAUUCUUAAAGGAACACUAUUAAAUCCAGCAUGAUGCACCUUGCGGUUCUCUUGACCUGUAUUGGACUCAUCACUGCCAAUGCUCUUCCCAAACAGGCAGUGGACAAUGAGGACCAAAGUGAGAAGGUUGUAGGUGGGUCCAAUGCUCAGCCAAAUGCAUGGAAAUGGCAGAUAUCUCUGCAGUAUGAUAACUGGAACACAGGCAACUUUGCUCAUAUUUGUGGAGGCUCCCUUGUUAGUGCAAAUUACGUGAUGACUGCAGCCCACUGUAUCCUUGAUUUCAAUGUCAAGAAUUAUCGUGUGGUUUUGGGGGACUAUGAUCUCAGUAAGUUUGAAGGCCGUGAGCAGGUUCGUGCCGUGACGAGGAUUAAAGUUCACCCUGGUUGGACUGGAGACCUUGCAAAUGGAAAUGAUAUUGCUUUGAUGAAGUUGGACUCUCCGGUAUUUAACAAUGGUUAUGUAGUGAUUGCAGAGCUGCCUUAUCCUGGUCAGAUUUUACCCAAUGGCUUUACUUGCUAUAUUACUGGAUGGGGACUCCUGGCUACCGGUGGUUAUAUGCCAGACAUCCUGCAGGAGGCACCCAUUGGUGUUGUGGAUUACUCUCUGUGCUCAACUCCUGAAUGGUGGGGCAGUGCAGUCAAGACAUCCAUGGUGUGUGCUGGAGGAGAUGGUUUGACCUCUGGGUGCCAGGGUGACUCUGGUGGGCCGCUGAACUGCUUCACUGAUGGCUAUUGGAGGGUCCAUGGUGUAGUCAGCUUUGGCUCUGCUGUAAACUGCAACCUUUACAGCAAGCCAACGGUCUUCACUCGUGUGUCUGCCUUCAAUGAUUGGCUGUAUUCUGAAAUGGUGUAAAAGCUCAACAUGCUUUGGGGCUGUUGAAUAAAAGACCAUCUGUAGGAAUGUUAAAA